AUGGUGUCCCAAAGUGACGUGAUGCCAGAAAUGAGCAGUGAAGUGGACGAGUCUAGGAGGGGGUACAUUGGCGGGGGGGAUGUCACCCCAACCCCUACUUUGGGGAGAUUGUGGGCGAAUGCCGAGGAGGAAGUAAACCUCUCGGAGAUGUCUUCUGACGAUGGAGACAAUCUCAAGGAGGCUGAUAGGGAGGGUUCAGGAUGUGGUGCGAAGACAUUGAACCGGAAAGGAAAAGGGGGAAAAAGGACAAGAGCCAGCUCAGACAGCGAAGAAGAGGCCCCGGAACGCAAACUGGGCACUUCCCAACGUGGCCGUGGCAAAGGUUAUUAUACUGGGCUUAGCGCCGCUAGAGCCAAACUGCAGCAGGCGCAACAGGAAGAAUAUGAGACAGACGAUGAUAUGGACACCAACCAUAGUCCUAAACCAAGACGGAGCACGGGCAGGCGGUCGCGUAACCCAGCAGGCAUGAAUUUAACACGAGAUGUGUUCGAUACUCCUGGUGAUCGUAUCAAGGCCUAUGCCCAGGAUAUUAUGAAGGAUGCCGCUAAGAGCAGGAAUCUCAAGGGUGAGAUAUGGGGCAGUAUUAACUCUGCGUGCAAAGAGUUAAUGGAUAUUGCAGACGCACUCGGGGAGUCAGAUGUUGUCCGCUCCCUUAAAGCGGACAACCAAAGGAUGCGUAAGGAGUUGGAACAUCUCCGACUCGAAACGAAGGCACUGCGCACGGCUUUUUCGGAGCGCAAUCUGACGAAAGAACCCACGGUGGGGAGGAAUGACGAUAUGUCCGCCCUCCUUCAAGAGAUGGGCACUCUCAUGGACACUCGUCUAGGGAAAUUCAAGCGCGAAAUCUUCGUGUCCUUGGGAGGGAUGGUCAAUGCCCGCCUCGAGAGGGUGGAGGGACGCCUACCACCAGAGCCCAUCCUCCGGCCGCCGCUGGCUUCCGACAGGAGGGUGCUUCUAGACCUGGAAGUGACGGGACACCAAGAUUUUGAGCCUAGCGCCCCAAGGCCGAAAAAGAGAGAUAAGGGGGCAUCUCAGUCGGUCUCCCAAAUGGCGUCUAGUCAAACAUCAGGGGGGGUGUCCAGAGUAGCUGAAGUGACCCAGCUGCUGCCGUCUACAGUUGGGCAGCUCAAAACCAGGCCGGUACCUACACCAAGGGCCAAAAAAUCCCAGGAGGCGGUCCCUGCUGCCAGGGCGCCAAGGGGAGUGGCUCGGCCGAGUGUGCCACCGCCUGCACCCCCGCAGGAUAGUUGGACUACGGUGGUCAAGAAGAACAAGGGCAAGGGCAAGGGUUCUGCCCCGCCCCAGUCCCAACAGCAGCAGACUCCGGCCAGGGGCACAGCCCCGAAAAAGACGACGGCCCCAAAACUAGUGGCCCCAAACAUGGCGGCGGUCGUGGUGGCUAUUAAGCCUGAGGCUCAAACUGACUACAGGACGGUGAUGGAAAGGGCCACCACGCUAAAGCUGGCGGAACUUGGAGUCGAUCACCUCAAAGUGCGCAAGUCGGCCACAGGGGCGCGAAUCAUUGAGGUCCCCGGAGCGCAGAGCAGCCAAGCGGCUGACAACCUGGCAGACCGACUCCGUGAUCUAAUAGGCGAUGUGGCAGAUGUAUACCGGCCAGUCAAAAAAGCAGAAAUUAGGAUUUCCGGAUUUAACGAGUCCGUCACUCCGGAGAUCAUAAAAAAGGAGGUUGCCGCCAGAGGCAAUUGUAAAGAGGAGCAGGUGAUGGUUGGCGCAAUCAGAAUGGCAGCAAAUGGGUCCGGCUCAGUCAUCAUACGUUGCCCACUAACAACGGCUAAAGUGGUCGUCACAGCAGGACGCAUUGUGCUCGGAUGGUCAGCGGCGCGUGUAGAGGCUCUGGAACAGUUACCUUUACGCUGUUACCGCUGCAUGGGGACGGGACAUACGAGGCCCCUGUGCCCGUCUCCGGUGGAUAGAGGCAACUGGUGUUAUAGGUGCAGCAAACCAGGUCACAUGAGCAAGGACUGCACUGCGCUGGCCCCCUGGUGCGCUGUAUGCCAUCACGCGGGAUUAAAGGCGGGGCAUGUGAUGGGCGGGCAGGCUUGCACCCCUCCAUCAGUUAGAGGGAAGGAAGCCUGCACUGCUGGCCUUGGUGCUGCUGCCGCGGCCGCUUCCCCGAAUGUACCAGAAAAUCGGACGGAACAACAACUCAUGGAUAUUUAA